GUGAACACCACCUUCUUCCGUCUGUUUCGGGUGAAUCUGAAGAACCCAAUUUGUCCAUAUUGGAAGAGUGCAGAUAGCGACAAGGAGGACACCUCCAGCGGCGGAACGUGCAGCGGCACGGUGCCCGUCUUGAGCAAGAAGCCAGCCUUUGCCCAAAAAGGACUGGGCGCGGGACUGGGCUUCAGCAGCGCCGCUGAGCCAGCUUCGGAGCCGGGUUGUUCCGUCGACUCCGAUGGCAGCAACGCCGCCGAGGGCGGCAUCGACAGAAAGCUUACCAUCCAGGAGAAGGUGGCUCAGCUGGAGCGUGACAACGAGACCGAGCCCUGUGAGUUCGAGGAGGAUUUGCCUACCUACUGGGUGGACAUGUGCUCUGGCGAUCACAUGAAGGGCGUGGACUUGGAGGACGUGAACUUGAUCAAGAACCCAGAGCGCAACACCGGGUACAACGGCUCUCACAUCUGGCAGGCGAUGUACAACGAGAACUGCUUCGAAGUCGGCAGUGCCAUGCCUCGUGGGCGCUUCGGGACGAAGGAGGCGAUGUGCUACGAGGAGCGCGUCCUCUAUCGGCUGCUCAGCGGCUGGCACGCAUCUACCUCUAUCUCCAUCUCGAAGAACUUCUAUGCACCAGGAACGAAGCAAAAAGGCGCUUGGUCACCGAAUCUGGAGCGGUUCAUGAAGGACAUCGGCGAACACCCGGAGAGGGUGAAGAACCUGCACUUCUCCUUCGUCGUCCUCCUCCGGGCCGUGAAGAAGGCGGCACCCUAUCUGCAAAGCUACUCCAUCCACACGGGGGAUGAGAAGGAGGAUGGCGUGACGAAGCUUCUGAUGGCGAGACUUCUCGACUCCCAGCUGCUGUCACUCUGCUCACCGCUCUUCGAGGCCUUCGACGAGACGCGGCUCUUUCAUGCACCGUCAGAGCAGCGGAGCGCCCUGAAGCGGCAGUUCAAGAGCGUCUUCCGGAACAUCACCGAGCUAGUGGAUUGCGUUCAGUGCCAACGCUGUCGGCUGCAUGCGAAGCUCUUUUCAUUGGGCUUGGGCACAGCUUUGAAGAUCCUCCUGAGCCCGCCGGACCUCAUCGCUAGUACCACCUCCCGGGACGACGUGGUGGCCCUCGUCAACGUCUUGUGGAAGCUCUCCGAAGCUAUGGAGGACGUGCGCAGCCUGACGCAGCAGUACUACGAGGUGAGCGCAGUGGCCCCCUCGCAGCCGUCGCCGGCCCCUGCUGGUCAGAAGACGGACGUCGCAGUUGCGAUGGAGGCAGACGCCUCCCCGAUGGGUAUUGGCACGAGGCGACAGCUCCUGGACGCCGCCUUGGGCGCCUCCCGGCGCUGCAGCCUCAGUGCCGAGGACGAGGAGCGACUCUUAGACUUGCUCGUCGCGCAAGGGCAAGUCGGCGAGGAGAUCCUCCUACUGGCAAAGCACUAUGCGGUAGACAAGGCUGACGUUUUCUGCAGGAUGGCUAUAAAGGCCGCGCAGGGGGCACGCCGAGGAGCCCCUUCGCUGGUACCUGCUACGAUACCACAGGCCAACCUCGGUGAGACCUCCAACCCUGCCGAUGCCGUGAUCGUCGGUGGUGGCCUGGCAGGGAUGGCUGCGGCCAUGUCCCUGCUCGAUCGCGGGGGCAGCGUGGUGAUGAUCGAAAAGCAGCCCUACCUGGGCGGCAACUCCGGCAAGGCUUCUUCAGGCAUCAACGCCGCUCUUGAGACCUCGGUGGAGUCCUUGGUGGCAGACACCACGAAGAGCGCCGGCAAGCUGGCGAGGCCGGAUCUCAUCGAGCGCCUGGCGCAGGAGUCCUCGGAGGCGGUGCAGUGGCUGAGGGACCGGACCAAAGUGGACCUCUCCAUGCGCUCGCAGUUGGGCGGGCACACCGCCAAGCGAACGCUGAGACCUUCCAAUGCCUUCGUCGGUGCUGAGCUCACUUUCGCGGCAGGGCAGGUGUUAACGAAGAUGGCCACGGAGCGAAACGGCCGUUUCCGGCUGCUUCUGAAGUCCAAGUGGGUUGGCCUCAGGAGGCAAGACCAGUCAGGCGGCUGGGUGGCCGAGGUUGAAGCCAACGGCACGAAAGUCGACGUGCACGGCGCCACGAUGGUAGUGGCCUCCGGCGGUUUCGGCCACGAUUCCAAGGAGGUGGAAAGCCUGCUGCUGAAGCAUCGUCCCGACUUGGCGGACUUUCCGACGACGCUUGGUGCGCAGACCACGGGUGACGGGGUGAAGAUCGCCCGCGACAUCGGGGCGAGGUUGGUGGAUAUGGACCGUGUACAGCUGCAUCCGACCGGCUUCGUGGACGUCAACAAGCCCACUGAGACGACGAAGACCUUGGCCGCAGAGUUGCUCCGUGGCGUGGGAGGCCUCCUGCUCGACAGGAAUGGCCGACGCUUCACGGAUGAGCUCGGGACGCGGCAGGCCGUGGUCAACGCCGAGCUGAAAGCGGCCGAGGAGGAGCGGGCACUAGCGCAGCCUUCACCUCCCAGGGCCUUCGCCAUCGUCCUGAACGGCAAGGCCGCAGCGAUGGCCGACCGGCACACGACGCUCUAUUCGAAGAAGGGGUUAUUGAUGAAAGUGGAUGGCAUCGCCGGUGUCGCAGAGAGGUUUGGGUACCAGGUCGACGUGGUCAACGCGACCUUCACUGCGUACAACGAGGCAGCGAAGGAAGGGAAGGACGAGUUCGGACGGACGGUUUUCCCUGCUGGGCACUUCCCGAUCGAGGCGGAUGAGAGCUUUUACGUCGGCGAGGUCGUCCCCGUCAUUCAUUACACCAUGGGCGGCAUCGCGAUCAACCCGGAAGGUCAGGUGCUGGACCAGAAGGGUGAUCCGAUCCCCAAGCUCUAUGCCAUCGGCGAGGCCAGUGGCGGGGUGCACGGUGACAACCGCUUAGCGGGCAAUUCGCUGCUUGAGUGCACGGUGUUUGGUCGGCAUGUGGGCCAGUCGCUGCCCAUCCGCCCGCGCAGCGAUGUGCUGCGCGACCAGCCUGCACCAUCACCCGCCCCUGAAACGACGUCAGAAGAGCUGCCGCAGAUCUCUGCAGAG